CUGUGUUGUAGCGAUUCUGGUGAACAACGAUUGCUGAACAAGCUGUGAUGAGCUGACAUGAAAACGAUGGCUGCACAAGUAAAGAACGGCCAUCCUCUACUCUGUCUCUUAGUACUGACAAAUCUUAUCGAGGGUCUGCAAGGAAUUAGCAUUGAUUAUGACCAAACUGUUACUGCUUCACCUGGUGAGAAUAUCACAUUAAAAUGCAUCCUGAAUGAAGGAAAUUAUACUACAAUUGUGCAGGUACAGUGGAGUAACGAAAGCAAUCAUGACUCCAGUGCGUUUUUAGUUGCUAAUCAUCGAUAUGGUAAUUAUCGCACCAUGGAAUCUGUAAAGUUUGAAUCAAAAUCACCAACCAAUGGAACAGGGAACAUUCAUUUCACAAACGUACAAGUGUCUUCUUCAGGAACAUAUACAUGUACAUUUAUCACUUUCCCAACUGGAAGCCUAAAGGCGUCGACUAUUCUCACUGUUCUUGAAGAAGUUAAUUCACAGGACGAUGUGUCACCGGUCGUGUUUGAAGCAAUGGUGAACAGCAUGGUGCUACUCCCUUGUGGUUUCAACAUUCCUGCUCGGCAAAAUAUUAGCCUGGUGUGGCUUCGAAAAAGCAAUGGAACUGUUGAAAAACUUACUCAGUCAAAUAGUCUUGGAUCUGAAAUUAAUAUUUCCAGCCAAUACCAAGACAGAAUCCAAUUAGGGAUAAACUAUAGUUUGGAGAUCAAUCCUGUUCUGGCAGUGGAUGAUGGGGAAUUCAUCUGUCAGCUGGAGACAUCAGAUGAUCUAAGGACUAAUGUCACAAUUAAAGUCAACGUAUUUGCUGAACCGACAACUCCAGAAAUUCACGAGGAACUGAACUAUUUUCCUUUGACCAAGCUACACUUGAAUGUUACCUGCAUCUCACAAAAAGCAUAUCCAGAGCCAAAUAUCACAUUCUACUUUGAUGGACUUCCUCUUCGAGAUGGGGAUAAUGAUGUUGUUAUAGAAUCAGAGAUCCUCCUGGACUCAAGCGGCUUGUAUGAGGUGAAGCAAAGAUUGUCCUUAGAGACUGAAACAAAUCAUUGGAGGUUUUUAUGGUGUGAAGCCAUGUUCGCACUGCCUGGAAAUGAGAGCAGAAUGAUGCUCUCCAAAAUGAUACCUCUCAAUAACUAUCUGAGCCGAAUUGAAUUUACUCCUGAAGGGCCCUACGAUGUAUUUCUUGAAGAUACUCUGAAUAUUUCAUGCCGUGUCAACAGCUCAGUGACUCCACAUUACAAAUGGACAAAGGUUAAUGGGACAGUAUCAAGUUCCAAUCCAUUGAUCUUGAAGAAUAUAACGGAAGAGACCGCUGGAAUUUACGUCUGUGAUGUUAAUAUUCCAGGAACUAAUCUACAUCACAGUUCUUACAUUAAUGUCAUCAUCAAAAGCAAUGAAUCCUAUACCAGAAGUGGGUCAACUACUAUGAUGCAGCUAUCAAUUGCCACUGGUUCAGCCACCAUCUCAGAAAACUCUACCAGCACUGUACUAUUGACUAAUGCUGGAUUGUCCACCACCAUUCAAUCUUCUCAAACAUCAGCUGCAUUUGGAUCAUCUACUAGCGUUGCCAUUGCAUCAUCCAGCAGCCAUGGACUAUCAACCACAAUUGGGUUAUCCACUAGUGAGAAACAGUUUACCACUAUUCAGCCAUCAAUUAGCUUUGGAUUAACCAACAGUACUGAAUCAUCUCUGGAAAAUACCGAACUACCAUUCAAUGACACCACAUUAUACUCAACAGUGAAUUAUGGCAAUGGGACAACCCUCAUUAACAUGGAUGACAAAGACACUGAAGGCACUGUGUCAGUGGCAGUGGUGAUAGUGGUAAUUCUGUUCUUGGUGAUCUGUGCUGCCAUAUUACCUUAUCUCAUCAAAUCCUGGCAAGUCAGGAAAAAACUGAAUGGGCCGCCUCCAUUUAAACCUCCUCCUCCACCAAUAAAGUACACAGCUAUUCAGGUAUCUCCACAGGGUGAAGUCAACUAAUGAAGAUGGUGUUGAUACUUGGAUUGACAGCAGCAUAUAGUUUUACAUUGUAGUUUUUAAUGUGCAAUAUAUGUGAUCAAUUUUAUGCUUUUAGAAUAACAGUACAUAUUAUUAAUACUCAGUGAUUCAAUUAAUGCAUUUACAUCCUAAAACAUUUGU